UAUGUUUCGGGUUUUGUUUUGAAAUCCAAAGAGAAAAUGCCAAUGUAAACAGUUUUUUACUCCUUUUUUUCUUUUCUCUUUCCCAAAUAAGACAAUAAUCAAUAUUCAUCAUAAUUUUAUUUAGAUACAUGUAGACUUAGGUGAACAAUUAUUUCUGUUUUAUAUCAGUUGAUAGGGGAUAUUUUGUAUAACUUACUGUCUAAAAAUAAUCAUGAUCAAACUAUUUAUCUACAUAUUGUGUACAUUUACUCUGUUUAUAUUUUAUGUGGCUAACACAUUGGUUGAAGAUCCAUACAUGGAUGAAAUCUUCCAUUAUCCACAAGCAUUAAAAUAUUAUAAAGGAAUAUACAAUGAGUGGGACCCAAAAAUAACAACACCUCCUGGAUUAUAUUUAUUUACUACUGCUAUUUUAACUCCUUUAUCAAAAGUAUCCACAUUAAAUAUCUUUGAACUAGCCUGUUUUCGUUUAGUUAACAUUAUUUUCACAAUUGGAACUUUGUUUGUUAUUCACAGAAUACUUCAAAUCCAUCAUCAGAAUGAUGAACCAAGAAUUGUGUUGCUGUCAGCUUUUAAUAUUACCAUUUUUCCAUUGUUGUAUUUCUUCAACUUUCUGUAUUAUACUGAUUGUGGGUCAACAUUUUUUGUACUCCUGAUGUAUUACUGGCACCUGAAAAAGUUCUACUUCUUAGCAUCUAUUAUAGGAGCUGUUAGUCUCUUGUUUCGACAGACAAAUAUUGUUUGGAUGUUUUAUGUUGCUGCAGAAGCAACAUUACCAGCUUUGCUUGAAUUAUUUAAAGAAAGAUUGGCCAAGAAAGAUAAAGAUCCAAAUGAUGUCUCAUUAUCUCAUUUGAAAACAUCCAUGCUCAUAGUUAAAAAGAAUUGGAUGCAAAUAUUAAAAAAAGUAUUUGAAAUUAAUCUUGGUUACAUUCCAGUUGCUAUUGCAUCUGUAAUUUUUGUAUUGUAUAAUGGGUCCAUUGCUUUAGGGGAUAAAAAAGCUCAUGAAGUCUGUUUGAACAUUCCACAGUUAUUUUACUUUUUGCUUUUUACUUUAUUUUUUGCCAGUCCAUAUUUGAUAUCAUUGACUAAAGUGAAAAAGUUUUUAAUUUUUGUACUUGCAAACAAAAUACUUGUUUUUGAAAUAGUUGCUACUGCAUCAUUUGCAGUUGUAUUUAUGUCUCAUGUGCAUCCAUACUUAUUAGCUGAUAAUCGUCAUUUUACAUUCUAUAUAUGGAGAAAAAUACUAGGGCGAAAUUUAUUUUUAUCACUGGCAUUGAUACCUUUUUAUAUAUACAGUGGCUUUGCUUUACUGAUUUCUUUUGAACAUAAGAGUAUUGUAUUUAAAUCAAUUGUUGUAUUUUGUAUAAUUAUUUCAGUAAUUCCACAAAAAUUACUUGAAUUCAGAUAUUUUAUAAUUCCAUACAUUAUGCUCAGAAUUAAUUUGAAAGUAGAAUCUAAAUGGCAACCUUUUCUAGAAUUUGCUUUGUAUUUUGUUAUUAACUUCUUGGUUUUGUAUUUGUUUUUGUUUCAAAAGCUGCCUUGGGAAAAAACUGAAAAAUCUGUUCGGAUUAUGUGGUAAAUUUUUGUAUAAUGUUAA